GUCUCGGAGGACCGGUGUGAUCGGUAACGUUGGGCGCGUUGCUUGAGCCUAGUGGCUAAUAAAAGAGAAAUGGAAAUGUUGACCGUGACGGCCGUUAUCUUCUUAUGAUGCCUUCGGGUGUGCCGCGGCAGACGGGACACCUGCCUGCCACUCUCAAGCGUUGCUUUCGUAAGUGAACUCAGCGGCCCGGCAAACGCCGCUUAUCUCCAACCGCGAACGAACACCACGAUCUUUCCGAGUUCUGUGGAAUCGAAAUUACACCUCGAGUGGAAUUCGGUACGAUCGAUAGGACCGCGAUACGCAGAACUGCUGUCACUCCUUGCGAGUACUGGGUCUACAAUGGAUGCUCUUCUGUCUGAAUUCUGCUCUAUCACAGGUGCAUCUCCGAAGGAUGCUAGACGGUAUCUUGACAAGCACCAGAGACGGCUUGACGCGGCAAUCGAUGCCUAUUAUCAAGAGGGCGGCAGUAGAACUACUGUUGCUUCAACAAGCAAGUUGAAUGCCCUUUUCGAGAAAUACAAGGAUCCCACUGGAGACGAAAUCUCAAUAGACGGAACUAUUCAGCUGUGUCAGGAUCUCAAAGUAGAUCCAGAGAAUGUCGUUUUGCUCGCAGUCGCCUACGAACUGAAAUCCCCAAGAGUUGGGGAAUGGAACAAGAAAGGUUGGGUAGAGGGAUGGUCACGACUUGGUUGUGAGACAGUGGAUGACAUGAAGGAUACUCUGACACGGUUGCGUGCAAAGUUGGGAUCUGACUCGACCUAUUUCCAUAAGGUGUACGAUCACACGUUCGGUUUUGCUCGAACAGAAGGGCAACGGAGUCUAGCGAUCGACACGGCACUGGCGUUUUGGAAUCUAUUAAUUCCAACAGGUCUGACAGGCGGUGCGCUAAAACACGACUUGACAGGUGAAGAUGUAGAUAUGGAUGGCGGGGAAAGUUCCGGGUGGACAGAUGAGCACACGCAAUGGUGGUUCCAGUUCUUGACGGAGAAGGGAGGUAAGGGUGUGAGCAAAGAUACGUGGAUGAUGCUGUUUGAUUUUAUCCGCUCGAUUGAUUCUCAAUUUUUGACACAUGAUGCAGAGGCUGCAUGGCCGUCGACGAUAGACGAUUUCGUAGCUUGGGCAAGGUUAGUGGGGAAAGUUCCGACCCCGGAGGCAACAUGACCGUUAAUUAGGGAGAUGAGAGACUGGUGGGUCUUUGUAAACUGUAGAGUAUCAUUUCCUGUGCAAAGUACGCCAUAUAUACCGAUGGGAAAGAAAGGGCUGUACCGUUGCAUCGGUCCGUUGACGCGCGUUGCAAUGAAAAGCAAAAAGAGAUUCAUUGC